GCAAAUUACCUACUGCGAGCUCAGCUUCCACCCAUUCCGUUCCCUAGUUGGAGAGUGCUGAGGGCGGAGGGAACCUGCAAGGAAGCAUCACUCCAGACCCUAAAUCUUCAGGGCCUGAGGCCUAGCCAGCAUCCAAUGGAGGACAAGAAGAAGAAAAGGAGUCCCAAGCCCUGUUUGACCCAGCCAGCCCAGCCCCCAGGCACACUACGCAGGGUCCCAGUGCCCACCAGCCACAGUGGCUCCUUGGCCCUGGGACUCCCUCAUCUGCCAUCCCCCAAACAGCGGACCAAGUUCAAGAGGGUAGGCAAGGAGAAAUGCCGCCCCGUGCUGGCAGGAGGUGCAGGCGGCUCUGCAGGCACCCCCCUGCAGCACUCUUUCCUGACUGAGGUGACCGACGUCUAUGAAAUGGAAGGGGGGCUGCUGAACCUGCUCAAUGACUUCCAUUCAGGCCGGCUGCAGGCCUUCGGGAAGGAAUGCUCCUUCGAGCAGUUGGAGCACGUGCGGGAGAUGCAGGAGAAGCUGGCCCGGCUGCACUUCAGCCUAGACGUGUGUGGAGAGGAGGAAGAGGAGGAGGAGGAAGAGGACGGGGUGACUGGCGGGCUGCCUGAGGAGCAGAAGAAGACGAUGGCUGACCGCAACCUGGACCAGCUGCUUAGCAAUCUGGAAGAUCUUAGUAAUUCUAUACAGAAGCUGCACCUGGCCGAGAACGCUGAGCCUGAGGAGCCGUCAGCUGUGUAGGUGUAAGACCCAAGCCUUGACUGUCCCUUCUCAUUUCCUUCAAACUGUGACUUUUUUACGGACUCGAGUGGGUGUUUCGCGGCCCCCCCAGGUGCUAUGGGAGAGGGGGGCACUGAAUGGAAUUAAACCAGAAGGAAAGAAA